CAAAAGCAGGAAACGCUGCACUUCAACAACUGGAAGUACGCAGGCAUAAACAAAACCAUAAGUAGAUAUUGUACUGUGGAGAACUAAAAACGGCAGGUCUUUCGCCUUUCGGAGGACAACCUGUAAGCUGGGAGGAUGGCGUCUGGCUCGGCGAUGGUGAACGGAGACGUCACGCACUCCCACGGGACCGCCGGGUCAGGCACAUCCCACGUGGAGGAGACCCUUCAACAAAUGAACGUUCUGAUCAAGGAGAACACGGAACUGAAAGAAGCCCUCAAGCAGACCAACAUGUUGAUGAAGGAGCGAUUUGAGGGUCUGUCUGUCUGGAAGGAAAAGCAGAAGGAGGAGCGAGGCCUCUUGGAGAAGAAUCUCCAUGAGGCCCUGAUGAGAGUGCGUGCACUGGACACGGAGAACCAACAGCUCAAGAAACAAGUCUUGGAACUGGAGGAAGGAGACGAGGUUGGAGGAGGUAGUAUGCAGGCCAAGCUGGAGGCUCUGAGGAGCCAGAUCACCCACCUGCAGGUGGAGAAGAGCGAACUGUUGGCCAUGAACUCUGAACUGCAGCUGAAGAUGGGCCCGUCGCCAGAAGACUCCUUCAUCGAGAUCCGCAUCGCGCAGGAGAGUGAGAUGAACGUGACCAAAGGUGUUCCUGUGGGUCCAGAGGAUCACUCUGCACGCAGCACGGGUCAGCCAGACAUGGUGGCAUCUCGGCUGGAGUCUGAGGAGCUGACUGUGAGUCAGCUUCUGCAGUCUCUCAGGAAGGAGGUUCAGUUGAAGGAGCAACUGUGCCUCCAGCUUCAGACUGCACAGACCAGAGUCGCAGAACUAGAGCUAAGAAAGCCAGUCACGGAUGCUGGAUCCCAGACGUCUGUGGCCUGUACACCUACAGCACCGGAGCCUGCUGUGGACAGUCAGAGCAGGGUCCCUCACGAAGACCCAGCCAAGUCGGCCUCUGAGGUGGAGAAUCUGAAGGGGCAGAUGAUAAGUUUGUUUAACGAGUUACAGAAAGCUCAGAGUAAACUGGAUGAGGCGGAGAACAUGAAGAGGAACCUACAAGAGAGGUGUAAGGACCUGGAGCAGGACGUGGGCACACUGAGGACCCAGCUGGGCGAGAGGCAGCAGGUGAAGGCUGAGAACGACCGCCUGAAGGUACAGCUGGAGAGCAUGCAGGCAGCCAACAGGCUGGAGCAGAGAAAAACACAGGAGGAGAGGAAUAAUCUGACACAUCUGAAGGAUGCUUACACCAAGCUGUUUGAAGAUUAUAAUGAACUCAAGGAUGAGAAUAAGAAAAGAGAGGGUAGUGUAUCACACGAGGAGUACAGUGAGCUCCAGGCCAGAACUGCUGCAGCAGAGCAGGCACUGGCAGACAAACAGAAGAAGAUAGACGAGAUGAGGCAAGAGCUCUUCCAAAAGGAACAAGAGCUGGAGACCAUCUCUGUCUUUAAGGCCCAGGCAGAGGUGUAUUCCUCAGAUUUCUACGCAGAGCGAGCUGCCCGGGAGAAGAUUCAUGAGGAAAAGGAGCGUCUCGCUGCUCAGCUGGAGUUCGUCAGGAAGCAGAACUGCCAGCUGCAGGAAGAGAUGGAGUCACUGGGCAGGCAGUCCAUGAAUGAGAUGCAGAGAAGACAUGUGUCACUUGGGGCUAACGCAAGCGGCUCCUCCCCUCCGCAGGGAGGGAGAGGUGACUGGCAGCACCAGGUGAACAUUCCAGAGCAUGCAUGUCCCAAAUGUCGGGAAGUCCUGCCUGAUCUGGACACACUGCAGAUCCACAUCAUGGACUGCAUCAUCUGAGCCAGUUGCCAGGAAACGAGAACAGCCAAUGUGGAUUCCGGCUUACAAGUAUUCACUCAGUUUGGAGUACAUGCUGGUCAGAUCUGAGGACGCACUUAAUACAAUAUAGAAAUAUAAUGUAAUCUGUCUAGAAGCUUCUACACAUUUCUACAUUUAUUAUAAUAAUGCUCCGCAGGUCUAAUUAGUGUCAUUAGCAUUAGGGCAAUUAUUGUUAGGUAAAAGGAACAGAAGAUACCAUUAUAUUGUGGUAAAUUUGCAAAGGUAGAAAAUAAAUGUCAUAUGCUUUUAUAUUUAAUGAAGUGGGUUUGUUUAACUUCAUAAAUGCAGACAGAUCCUUGCUUUGGAGAAUUUAGAUAGAAAUGAAAUCCACUGGUGUUUACAUUAACAAACACUAGCUAGCCAUUUAGUGCUGAAGUGAAUACAGGCACCUCUGGUAUGAAGGUCAGAUAAAGCUUUAAAAGAUGAUUUUCUUGGUGCGUUUUUGUUUGUUUUUUAAACAAGGCACUUUACAGCAGUUCUGUGUUUUCAGAAUAUUUUAGGCAGGGUGUGGACCUGCCUAGCUAACAAUAAUGCUCAGUUGGUUGUUUUUGGGAGUUCAUUACACCAAUGUUGCUGUGGUAUACAUGUAACCUUUAAUAUGUAAAUUCUGGGGGAAAAAAAAAACAGAAAAAUUAAAAUAUUCUCAAUCAUUACACGCCUUGUGAAACCUUUCAAAAUGUCUGACUUAACAGGUUCCGGCAGAAUAGUAAUCCACUUUUGCUGUUAAAUACACACAGCAGGUAGUAAGGGGGGGAAAAACAAGAAUGUUUCUAUUAAACGCUGCUGGCCUCACUCGUGAUGUGACUCAAUAUGUUAGAAAAGAAAAACAAAGGACAUGACCAAAGGAACGGGGCAGCAAACAACGACCGUAUUCACCAUCUGAUGUGUAGCAGAGCUGUGGUUAGGUUUGUGAACAGAAAGAAAAGCUUGAGCUGUGUUUUUGAUGGGUAUGUUAAGUUUCUCAUACAAUGUUAGCAAAGUUCAUACUCUUCUGAAAGUUUGUGAUCAUUUGUGUCCGAGUGACCUCUUUGCUGCUGCAUCUUUGUGUUUUGUGACCCGGUAGCUUGCCCUCUCUCCCAGAAGUCUACAUUUUAAUAUACAUUUUGUUGAAUCGGCGUGCCCGUGCCAUGUCGUCAUGUCAGGUGUCCCAGCCACAGGUCCAUGUGUGCUGCCAUGUAAGAAUCAGAUGGCUACGUUACACUGGAAAGUCUGGCCCUUCUUUUAUCUCAUCUGUCAGAGAUGGUACAUCCACACCUCUCAUCUGUAUAAAAGGUCUGUUUCUACCUAGCUAAAUACCACCAACAUGGCUAUGUGCUUAAUUUAAAAAGCAAAACGAUUUAUUUAAAUGACUGUCGUUUAUUAAGUUUACAAAUACAGUAACAAAUUUUGUUUUAUUGGAGCGCAAAGCGCAGUUUUAUAUGAAGCUUUAACAGCCUAUACUUAGUGCAAAACAUACAGUUAAAUGCUGCCAAUGAUUCCCUACAUAUUUUUGUUUGGUUGUCAUUUUUAUCCAACUUUUUUUUUUCUUGUAUAAUGUUAAAUAGUAUGUGGAAAAACCACUGAACUGAAGUCACUGGAUGACCUAGAGACACAACAUUGCAAAACAAGAUAUCAGAUAGUAGUACAAAACAAAAUAACUUAAUGACAGGUCAGUAGCAUUAAGUAAACAUAUUGUUCUGGUUUUUUUUUUUCCACAGGAAAUUUAAAUGGAAAAUAAAACAUGUAACUGUUGUUUCAUUCAAAUUAAUGCUUACGGGUUGGUGUGCGCACUUAUGCAUCAAGUACUUUGUGCCCAAUGUAGCAUGCAAGUUUUGUUUGGUGUUUGUUUAUCCGCCCAGGAAGGUGAACAAGUUUAUUAUCUGAAUGUUAGGUUGAGCAUCGAAUGGCAAUUUCACAUAUCGGCACUUUUGCUAAACAUUUUAAACAGGAAGGCAAAGGAAUAAACAAAUUUUAAAAAAAAGGCAAAAGGCAGAAAAACAACAACAACAAAAAAAUGGUGUUGGAGCAUAAUGCAUGUUUGAAUUCAGUAACUUCUCCCAACUGUUGAAGUAAACCAGGGACAUGGUUUCUAACCAAUGAAUCCCUAUAUAUAUUGAUUGAUUGCAUAUUCUGCACUGCAGCAACUAAAUCGCUACGGUAAACAAGGUGCUCAUUUUAUGGAAUGAGAGCAAAUUACAAAUGUCAAAUUGGGAAAUGGCACUCAAAUGGUAGCUUUAUACAUUUCAAUUAAACGUACAAUAAAUGGGGACUAAGAACUCUGAUUUCAAGAAUUUUGAUUUGUUCACACAGUUUGAACUAACCAAACUAGUUUUCUAGACUUACAAGUAAAGCACUGAGCACAAAGUAAAUAGUUAAAACAAUAGUUUUGUUAUUAAAUAUUGAAAGCACAAUAUAUACCCACUCACAGACAGUAAACAGUUGAUAAUCUAUUUUGUAUAAUUGGCUUAACGUGAACUUUUCUUGUACCAGAGGUUUAGAUGCUAAGCGCUAAGUAAAAACAUUUGUAAUCUAACAGUCCUCAUCAGCGAUCAGUAGUUAAGAUGACAAGGUGGAGUUCCACUAGGUUCACUGCUCUACAGUUUGCACUUGUAACAUACGAAGUCCGACACCAACAGCUCGCGUCACCCUAAGGAUUUCUACAGAUGCUUAAAUCAGGAGUUUUCUGCUCUAUGUUAAUUUGACUGGUGCACAGACACACAUCCAGUAGACCAGUCUACUGCUACAGCUUUAACUGCAUCCCAGGACUCAAACUAAACUAGGCGCACACAGCGUUUGGUUUUUGUUCCCCCUUCCCCCGGUCCUCUGUCUACACAGAGGACAGAAGACCACGGUGGAGACUGAUCAGCUCUUUUUUCUUUAUAUUGCCUGUGGCAGGACGUGACGGAUACUAAACAAUCGAGAGAAGAAUCUUCUGAUCUGUAUGAAAACGGAAAGGCAGUGUGCAAAAAAAAAUGUGCACAGUAAAAAGAACUACAGGAGAUGCAGGGCAGAGCGAAUAAAGGGAAAAGAAGGCACUGGUAGAUGAGCUGGGGACCUGCAGGGCAGCAGCGCCGUUUCCAAAGCCCUUGCAGAGCAGUGCGGCAGUCUUGUGUCGGUGCAGGGCAACCUAAAGCUCCGGCCCCCCAGUGCAGCUACUGAGCUGAACUUUGCAAUACAAUAAUAGCAGGAUGUCAGUCACAUCUAUAGACAUCCACAGUGCAACAUGCAUCCAGAGAAAUACGUCAUCCACUUCAUCUGCACACCAUAGCACACUACUGAAUGUAGUCACAACCAGUGAGACUGCUUAAUCAUUCAUCUCUACCCUCUUAAAAAAAAACAAACAAAACAAAAAAAA